AUGCCUAGAGAAGCUGAUCCGGAGAAUCUGACGAAGUUGCUGCGGAUGGGGCCUCAUCCCACUGACGAGGUCCUGCAUGUGCUCGACUCUUGCAUGGACACUUGGAGAUGCAAUCCAAAGCCGGCAACUGCUCUGCUGAGCGCAUUGGCCAGGAGAGGCUACUGGAACAUUGCGGGCCAAGUCCUUUGGAAGAUGAUUGAAGAGUCUUUGGAGGUGAAUGUCUUCCACUGCAGUGCCGUGAUCAGUGCGUGUGAGAAGAGUGGACAUUGGCGUCUGUCAUUGGCUCUCUUGGUGCAGAUGUCUGACCUAGAGAUCCUGCCCAAUCAAAUCAGCUACAGCGCUGCAGCGACCGCAUGUACAAAGGGCAAUUGGCCGGCCGCGCUACUCCUCCUCCACAGCAUGCCUGGCCGACGAUUGCUCCUCGACCAAGUGAGUUGCAACGCUGCAAUUGAUGCCUGCCGUGGUGCCGAUUGGGAGCUUGCGAUGCACGUUCUUCUUGAUAUGCCCAGGCACCGCGUGGCACAAGAUUCGGUCAGCUUUGGGUCGGCGAUCAGCGCAUGCGAAAGAGGCAAUGCAUGGGAGAUGGUCCUGCAACUGCUGGCCUUGAUGAUGCGAGUUCAGGUGAAGUUGAACGACAUCAGCUGUUCGGCCGCCAUCAGUGCUUGCGGACAAAAAGGUCACCAAUGGAAGAUGGCGCUCGUCCUGCUGGAAGAAAUGGUCGCAUUAGGGAAGGAGCCGGACAGCUAUGUGUGGAAUGCCGUGGUAGCAGCCUGUGAAACGAGCUCAGAAUGGAUCAUGGCUCUAGCAGUAGUAGAAGCCAUGGUUGAUUGCGCCAUUCGGCCAGACGUUGCGGCCUGCACAUCAUGCAUCAAUGCCUGCCAUGCCGAGCACAGCAGCUGGAGACAAGUCGUGGCGCUCUUCGAUUUGAUGAUGACCAGGUUUGGAAUCCUGCCAAACAUCAUCACCUAUUCCACGACUAUCGCCGCGGCCACUCAUGGGCAUCAACGGGCAUCAGUAUUGCGGCUUCUUGCCGACGUGAAUGACAUUGCUUGGACGCUGGUAUGCUAG